GCGUGCACGAUUCCCCGACACGCGGCGAGCACUAGUCAGUGUAAAGCGAUCCGUUCUGGUCGGACGAGGUUAAUGUUGUUUCAUUGUCUGCUAAUUUGCGUUUUUAAAUUGUCGAUGGAAUAUAUUUUAUCUUGAAGAUUUGUUUUUAACUCAGGUAAGUACAGCUGAUGUAAGGACGAUGCCUCUGUUCGGUAAAAUCGUGGUGAUAAAGAGAAACGGUGCGGAUGGAAACGAAUUUCCGCUCACAGCAUCCUGUCUGUUCGGGAGGAAGCUUGACUGUGAUAUCCGGAUCCAGCUGCCACAGGUGUCCAAAGAACACUGCAGAAUUGAGCUCAAUGAGAAUAAAGAGCUUAUUUUGACCAACCUGAGUUCGGUGAAUCCGACUCGCAUCAACGGUGAGAUUUUACAGCAGUCCGAGCGUUUGAAGCAUGGAGAUCUAAUCACAAUUAUCGAUCGUUCCUUUAGAUUCGAGUAUCCGCCUGCGCUGACUCCGAAGAAAAAGCAUUUAUCCACACCUGGGAAAGGAGAAACUGUCAAGGUCUUGCAAGACCAGCAGGUGAAGAGCACACCUGGAACCACAGAGAAAAAGAAGUCUGAACACGCUACAGAUACCUGUUUGAAAGAUGGAUCCAACCUGCCUGCCUGUCUGGACCAGAGUGUUGGAGAUCAGCAGAACAAAGCCACUAUGGACAGCACCUUCUCUCCCUUCUCCGAUCUUUACAACAUGGUCAAGCAAGAUUUGGCCACCAAACCUGUGUGGAAAUCUGCCAGUCUCUCCAAUACCCCUCUCUCAAGACCUUCAGUGGGCAAACAGGAAACUAAGAAGGUUUCAAGUGAGAACCACAAGCCGGUGACGCCAAAAUUGGCCCACAAGAAGAGAAGAUCCUCAACCGCUAAGCCCAUAGAGGAUGCUCAAGCAGAAAACCUAUCUGCUCAGGUGAAAACUGCCACACCUGUCGUUCAAGGAGAACAGAAGAGGCGCUCAGAAGGUGUAGACAUGGCCGUAUCUCAGAAGAAAACUCCUCAGACAACGCCACAGAAGUUCACUGCUGACCAAGUGGUCCAGCAAAUCACCUUCGAGAGUCCGAGUACCAAGUCUCUGAAAGCCAGGAGGAGGAGCGCUUCUCAAACCCCGGAGACACAAACCCCUUCUCAGAAUCCCUCAGAGCUAGCAGAGGCUGAAGAGACCAGAGCGAAACAGACCACCAGGACGUCUCCGAGAGCAAGCGCAGGAAAACGGUUACAAAUCCAGGAGGUGUUGCAGGAGAUUAUAACCACACCCACUUCUGAUGACAAAGUAGGUAAUGGCCAGGCCUUCAGUAAGAAGCACAAAUGUGAUGACCUACCCAUCCCAGCACCCAAGAGAAAACGUGUGUCCUUUGGUGGACAACUGAGCCCCGAACUGUUUGACAAACGUUUGCCACCUAAUUCCCCCCUACGCCGAGGGGCAACCCCUGGGAGACGCAGUCUGGGGUUCCCGCAGAAACCACACUCUCUGCUCAGACGAGCCUCCACCAUUGGCCUGAUGGGUUACCAGCUUGAAGAGGAUAUGACCGAGAGCCCUGCUAAGAAUGCUUCAUCUAAACGAGUGGUUUCUCCUGCCAAGACUCAGAGUCCAUCAUCUGCCAAGACACCGAAGACACCUUCGCCUGCAAAAACUCCAAAGUCUCCUUCCCCUGCCAAGACUCCAAAGACUCCUUCCCAUGCCAAGAAAUCUCCAAGCCCAAAAGCUAAAACCCCAUCUCCUAAAAAUUCCAAGACGCCUCCACCUUCUUCAAACCCAUCAACCUCCAAAUCCUCAAGGAAGUUCUCGAACACUUCAGCAAAUUCUCCAUCUCCAAGUGAAGGGUCCCUUCUCAAGACACCUACAAUGCAUGGCCGAUUUUCAGUUUCUCAAAUCAGCACCCCAUCGCCUGUCGUCAAUCAGGAGAAAGGAGCAAAGGAAAAAUCUGUAUCUGUACUAGAAGAGCCUCGAGAACAUGUGACCCCUAGGUCCAUGCCAAGAAGGAGCAGCAUGAAGGUGUCGGCUCGGAAGACCCCGAAGAGCAUGCUGAGGAGUGCACUUGAUGUUGUGCGAUCACGACGUAGUGGAGCUUCGUGUGCUAAUUUAAAAGUUGUCAGUUCUUGGGCUGACAUUGUGAAGUAUGGACAAGCUAAACCUCAAACGGAAGGUGGGGCUAAGAAAGCCGCAACCAGGAAAAUGGUAAUCAAGCGGACUAAAAUAACUAAACCCAAGACACCUGCGCGCAGACUGAAAGAUAGCACAAGUACUGGACAUGCGGCUUCUCCAGCCAGUAUAGUUGUAGGCAAGGCCUACUUAAGAUCUACUCAGCUUCUUGGUGCCGCCCCUAAAGUAGUAUGCAACAGCGCCCUGCUUGAAAGGGAUAUGAAAAUGGAUGAAGAUCUUACCGGGGUAUCAGAUAUCUUCAAAACUCCAGCUAACAGCAGAAGGAAAAGUGCCUUUACAAAAAGUAACGAGUGUCCAGCAACACCGCUUGGUGUUGGUGAAAUGACUGAAAUGUCAAUAAUGAAUACUCCUGAGGAAUCUGGGGAAAUGGUGGUGUCUCCCAUGGGUGUUGUGUCCACUGCCAAACAGGGGUGCUACAACAGUGAAGCUUUAACCAGACUCCUCCAGGACAACCAGGAAAGAAGUUUUAUUGAAGAAAUUGAUGCCUCGUCUGCCCUUUCUCCAUCUGAAGUAUCCACAUUAUUAGAUAUGCUCAGUGAAGAUCAAAUCGAGAGCAAGAAGGCUGUGCCAGGCCAAACACCACAACACAAACCAGCCCCGUCAGAACGCCCUACAGGAGUCAAAAGACUCCUGAGAACACCCAAGCAGAAAGCUGAGCCUGUAGAAGACCUAAGGGGAAAGUUACUCAAGACGCCCAAAGAGCCAAAACCACCCCAGGAGGAGUGUUUGGAAGGUGUUAAAGAACUCCUUAAUACUCCUAAGCAAAAUGGAACUCCUUUAGAAGAGGACAUGGCUGGAUUAAAAAGGUUGAUGAAGACUCCAAAAGUUAGAAACAGUCCUGUAGUGUGUGCUGUAGGCUUGAAAAGACUUGUCAAGACCCCCAAGGAUAAGACCGAGCAAGAGGAGAACCUGACUGGAGUAAAACAACUGAUGAAGACUCCCAAACAGAAGAAACAGCUGGCUGAGGAAGACCUGACAGGCGUACAAGAGAUGAUGAAAACUCCCAAGCAGGAGAAGCAGCCUGUGAAGGAAGACCUGACGGGUGUUCGGGAGAUGAUAAAAACCCCCAAGCAGAAGAAGCAGCCAGUGAAGGAAGACCUGACGGGUGUUCGGGAGAUGAUGAAAACCCCCAAGCAGAAGAAGCAGCCAGUGAAGGAAGACCUGACGGGUGUUCGGGAGAUGAUGAAAACCCCCAAACAGAAGAAGCAGCCAGUGGAGGAAGACCUGACGGGUGUUCGGGAGAUGAUGAAAACCCCCAAGCAGAAGAAGCAACCAGUGGAGGAAGACCUGACGGGUGUUCGGGAGAUGAUGAAAACCCCCAAGCAGAAGAAGCGGCCAGUGGAGGAAGACCUGACGGGUGUUCGGGAGAUGAUGAAAACUCCCAAGCAGAAGAAGCGGCCAGUGAAGGAAGACCUGACGGGUGUUCGGGAGAUGAUGAAAACUCCCAAGCCGAAGAAACGGCCAGUGGAGGAAGACCUGACGGGUGUGCAGGAGAUGAUGAAAACUCCCAAGCAGAAGAGCCAGCCAAUUGAAAACCUGGUUGGUGUGAAGAGCUUGCGUCAGAUCCCCAAGGAGAAAGGAGAACCAGUUGAAAAUGACUUUGUAAUUGAUAAUCUGAUGAAGACCCCCAAGCAAAAAAGAGGUGAAGCAGUGGUGGGUUUCACCAUUGCUGCAGAGCUCGACUCAGUUGGUUCUGGUGUUUUGCCUGUAGAAGAAGCCAAUGAGGAAUCUGAAGAGAAGGAAAACAUCUGCCUGGUUGAGGAUGUGAAAAAGGAUACAGAAGCAGCUGUUGGUCUACAUAUUGAGACUGUAGAAGCAAAAACUUCUUGCCAGGAGGUGGAAGGGGUCAGGACAUGUGAAGUGAUGACUAAAGUGAAUGAAGAUGCAGCCCAAAAAGCACCUCUUGAAGCGGUUUGCACUUCUGAAAUGAUUAGCAUGGCAGUAAAGGCCACUACAUCUGUAGCUUCUCCUAAGCAGUCAAACAGAUCCUCACCUGCUGAAAAGGCUAGGCAUGGUGCUCAAGUAAGAACAGUACAGAAAUCCCAGAAAAGUCAAGAAUGUCAGAUGGGUUUGGAUUCUCUGUCUGCUACAGUGACAGGAACUGAGGAUGAACCUAGUACUGAUUCUGCAAAGUCUGUUCCUUCUGUGCGAGGAAGAAGAGGCAAGUCAGCCAUUGAACUCAUUGAGGAUGUUCCUGCACAAAGUCCUGCUAGAAAAUCUACCAGAGGAAGAAUCCCCAAGGAGCAAGUGGAGGCUCAAAAAUUUUGUACCUCUGCAGAGGAUGAGCAGGUGGCACUUAAACCCAGGAGAGGAAGGAAAGCUCAACAAAAUAUUGAAGUUUUGCAGGUAGGUCCUGUUACUGACUUGAAGGCUUCUGCAGAGGUAGAAGCCUCUAUGAAGUCACCAGCUCCUGCUAGAGCCAAGAAAGGAAGGAAAGAAAAACAUGAAUCAGAGAAUCCACAAGAACCUCAAGCUUCAGUUGAUGAGGUUGGGGUGGUAUCAGAGAUUGCUGAACAUCAGCCAUCAGCAGAGACUGAGGCUCAGGUUAAGUCCAACACUAGAGCAAGGAGAGGCAGGACAACAAGGAAGGAGCCCAGAAUAGCUCCAGAAGUUGAGGAAACUUCAGAUAUUAAGAGCUCAGAUGCUGUAGUGACAGUGAAAGCUGCUGUUCUAGAGAGUUCUGAAUCUGCAGCAGAAAAUGAAGAUUUUCUUAAAUCUACCGCAAAAACUAGGAGAGGCAGGCCAACAAAGAAGGAAAUGCUGAAGACCUCACAAGUUGAAUUUCCUGCACCCAUCCAAACUGUUGUGGAAUCAGAUGUUAAGAGCUCUGAUGUAGUGAAGCUUGAUGUUGCAGUUGAGCCCAAAUUACCAAAGAGUGCUGAAGUUCAGUCAGUAAGAGAAACUGAAGAGCCCAUUAAAGCCAACUCCAAACCAAGGAGAGGCAGAGCAGCAAAGAAGGAAACUCCAGUAACCGCACACUUUAAAGAAACAUUUAAAUCCACUUUAGAUUCUGUGGUGCUGUCUGAAGAGCUCACUCAAAUACCUGUGGUGAAGUCUAAACAAGGGAGGAAAGUGAAUCCAGUGGCUUUGAACAACCAAGUAGUGGUUGAAUCUAAUGUUGAGCCUCAUGUGGCUGAAUCUGAGCCUCAACCAGAAGCUCCAGCAGUCAGGUCUAGCCGAGGUGCUAGAAACAAGCAGUUAAAGUCACAGGUAGAAGAUACUGCUAAUGGUCCUGCUACAGAAACCAUUGCAACAGCUGCUGUGACUGAGGAACCAGUGGUGAAAAAUGUCAGAGGAAACAGGAGGACAAAACAGCCCAAAGAUCAGGUUUUAGAUGACUCUCAGGAAGAAGCAAAAGGUAAACCCAGUAUUGACUCAGGAACCAUUCAGCAGUCAGGGGCCCCUGGAGCCAGAUCAGCCAGAGGAAAGCGUACAGCUGCUAUCAAGAAUGAAACAGAAGCACCAGUUAAGAGAGGGCGUCGUGUAGCUACUGUUGAAGUUCCUCCUGCAGCUAACAAGCCCAGCCGUGGUAGAAAAGCUGCUGCAAAAUCAGAGCCAGAGAAAGUUGCAGAAGAUAUUACAGCAGUGGUGGAACCAGUUGAAGAGACCAGCACUGAAACAAAGGUACCAGAGUCUGUAACCAAUGAAACGCCACUUAAACAAACAGACUCUGAGGGGGUGGUAGUAGCUAAGAGAGGAAGAGGGAGAAUCGCUAAGAAAACUAAGGUCUCAGCCAAGGACACCUCAGUCAAUGAAGCUGAAAAAGAAGCAGCUAAGGAAGCACCUCAACUGAAGAAUUCCAAGAAGAAAGAUGAAUCAGCAGCUACAGAUGAUCCCUUAAUUGCAGAGACCAAGCAGUUGGUAUGUCCAUCAGUCAAAGGAUGUAAAGGGAGGGGGGCAAAGAAGCAAGAAGAACCAGAAAAGGAGACGCCAGCUGCUGAAGAAAAUGUCCAACCAGUCAGGAGAGGAAGAGCAGGUGCUUCAGUAGUUUCCCAACAUAAGGUAGCAGCUUGUCCAAAAGGGGGGCAGAAAAGGAAGGCUGUAGGGGUUGUAGCUGAGGAAACACAAGAGUCUUUACCGAAGAGGAAAAGGGACAAAGGAGCUGGAGCAGCAGCUCUAACAGAUGCAGCUGUACCAGGCAAAGGGAGGAGGACAGCAAUGAAGAAGGCAGAAGAAACCUCUGAAGUGGAAGCAGAAGAACCUCCUAAAAAGGAAGCAAAACCUGUAAGAGGUCGGAGAAAAGCAACUCAGGAAGGUGUUCCACCUCGGGCUGAAGAUCCUGUUUUGGAGACAACUACUUGCCGAGGAACCAGAGGGCAGAAGAAAGCGGAGAUGGAUGUCCUUACAGCUCCUGUGAGACGGACAAGAAGAAAAUAAAGCACUGAUCUUGAGAUGAUGUAAAUAAUCUGCAAGAAUUGGGGGGGGGGUUAUAUAUCAAGACCAGUUAAUGUGGUGGCUCUUGUACCAAUUGAAUUUUUUUCCCCCCUCAUUCCCAGUUUAGUUUUUUUUUUAUUAUUCUUUUAAAAAAAAAAAAAGCAUAAUUAUUUUUAGAAAUCAUUUCAGAUUUUUAUUUUUUUUAAAGCUGGAAAUAUUAUUUGGGGCAUUUGUGUUAAUAGGAUUGCUUUCCCCCACUACCCCAUGUGUUGUCUUGCAGGGCCCUCUGUCUCAUUUCCCUUCAUAUACUUGUUCACCAUAUGCUUUUUUUAAUGUGUUUUAAGCGGUGUUUUUUGUAUUUGUAGCUUGAAGAAAAAAAAUUAUGAUAAUAAACAGUAUGAGGUUUGUAAAAUUA